AUGCAUUUAGCUGGCAACGCAAAGCGCGCAGUGGGCGGUCUUGGCUCGCAGGGGAAAAUGUAUGCAACCGCGCUAAAAACUCUUAAAGAACAGUUUGGCCAACCCAGUGUCAUCGCUAGAGCGUAUAUCAACAAAUUAGUCGACGCGAGUGAAAUUCAAAACAAUGAUAGACAGGCUUUACAACAAUUGUCUUUCGAUUUUGCAAAUUGCGUAGCAACGCUGAAACAAAUUAACCAUGUCGCGGACGUCAAUGCCACCGAUAACCUCAGAAAUAUCAUAAAACGACUUCCGGAUCACAUGAUAGAUCAAUGGAAAGCUGUAGCCUCAGACCUUAGAGAAAAGGGAGAGACCCCGUAGCCUCGUUAGAACAUAUCAGCAAAUUCCUGAAGAAACGUGUUAAGGCCGAGUUUGAUCCAGAUUUUGGCGAUAUACCAAAAUCAGGGUCCCAACGCCCCUGAGAGAGGAAUUCAUUCGAACCAGAAAGAGAAGAAACCCUCCAAUAUUAUGUAUGCUCUGAAAAUCAUCAUGUGCUAGAUUGCCCAACCUUUGCGAGUUGUUCCAGUGAUGAAAUAAUUCAGCAUGCAAUAAAUUCAACAUGGCGGUUGGUCAUGUUUCGGCGAGCUCCUUAGAUAAUCUCAAUUUUCUUGUAAAGUGUGUGGAUACGAAUACGAUAAAAUCAUUUAAGGAUAAAGCUCACCUGAUAUAUGAAGGAAAUCGAAUAAAGUGGACGCUGGACCUUGAUUCACUCAAGUAUUUUAUCGAAAAUAUCGUUGGCCUUAACGGUAGGUGGAAAUCACCUGGCGGUAAAUCUAAGCAGUUUAACAGUACAAACGCCGAUUUAAGUAUAACUUGGCACCCCGGGAAACAAAAUUCACUGUUAUUUCAAGGAAAAGAUGUCAUAGUACUUAAGGAUUUUGUAGUAAAAAUGUUAGAAGAACCAAACAUUGACAGUCCUAAUUCGAAUGCAAAGUUUUCGACUCAAACGGCUCAUCCAGUUGCCGAACCUUGUGAAAAGCUGUGUGAAAUCGUUGCAGAUACUAAGGCUGCAAUUGAGCCAGAGCUAUAUGUAUCUAGUCAUCAUACCUGUGAUUGUAACCCAUGUGGAAAUGACAUUAAAAACGUCAAGCUAGACAUUGAAGAUUUGCAGAAACAAAUUAGUUCUAUUAACAAUGUUAUUGAUUCUACAAAUGGCAUUAUAAAGUCAAUCAGUGAAAUUUUGCUUCCCGGCGAUGGCGGUGUCUUACUCAUGAUCGCAGAACUGAGGCUACGGUAAAUGAGCUGUUUAAAAUCAUUGAUGAGAAGAAUAAAGUAAUUAUGGAUCGUAAUAAUACUAUUAGGGAACUUAGAACUAAAUUAUUAGAGGCCGAAAGUGAGAGAGACUCACUAAAACAACAAAAAUACUCAUUAGAUACGCAAGAUACGUCCCAAUGUAAUGACACAAUAGAAAACCAACGACGCCUGUCGUCAAAAACAAUACCUAUUGAUGAGACUACGGGUACAAGGCACGAGAAUAACACUGAUAUUAGUCUGAAUAAUGGUAAAUCUCAUGUCUCUGCCUCUAACUCGGCUUUGCAAAAUAUCCCAGUGCCUGCUAUAACAACUCUGAAGGCACUCACGACCAUGUCUCUUGCGUUAUCAAAAAAUAAUCCAGAAAAUUGGUUAGGAAAGCAGCCUCUCUUAGAGGGAAAGCACAAGACAUCUUGUACUCUCAAGUCUGCUAAGCAAAAUAUUUCACAAACAUCUACCAUGAAGACAACAGAUGCUAGAAUGACGGCGAACGCCAUCAAGACCCCAAUACAACCUACGUCAAAAAAUACUAAGCAUAAAUGUCUCCCAGUAGAUUGGAUGGAGAGGUUACCUCUCAUAGAAGGAAAACCUAAAUUGCAACCAGUUCAGCGGCCAAAUAAUAUCAGCUGCCCGGAAUCGUAUAAGAAUGAUAAUUAUUUUUUAAAGCUCAAUUGGAAAAAACGGACAAGUUUAACACGCAGUCGCUGUCACAAGCAGGACUGGAUCAAUCACCUGAAGCUUGUCCAUCGCACUAUGAAACGAUAA